GAGGUUAGAGAGGUUAGCCGCGUAUAGCUGCAAAUAUCCACUGUGGUCUGACGAUUUCGUACUUAAAUUUUACUGAGCAAGAUAACUUGUUGAUGUUGUUAUUUGCGUUUAAUUGUCGACUACACGCUCGGAGCCAAGAGGGGGACCUGUGUGUUUGUGGAGAGUAAACACAGCGCGAAACUGGAUGGUCAUUCAUUUUUCAAGCCGUCUUGAGUUUGCUAGCUUGUCGGCUAGCUGGCUAACUUGUUUACGCGUGCUGUCAGCAGAUAAGAAAAUACACAGUAUUCAUGGCCGCGAGCUGUUAACUGUAAAGAGAGUUGUGGAGUGAGUGUUUAGCGUUUCACACGGUUUGUCUGUCUGCGUCUGGCUGCGCUUGCACUUGAGUUGCGUCACCCAGCUAACAGAAGUAAAGUUCAGCGAGGAUCGACGCUACCUCGUGGGCAUCAAUCCGGUGUUUACUGGUAACUUGAGCUCCAUCAGCUGAUUCCACCUGGACCAGCGCUCAGCCAUUCAGAGACCAUGUCCGAGUUGUACAUUCGUGUGGCUGAGGAUGAAAACGAGGAGCCCAUGGAGAUCCCCUCAGAGGACGACGGCACCGUGUUGCUGUCGUCGGUAGCAGCACAGUUUCCAGGGGCGUGCGGGCUGCGGUACAGGAACCCAGAGUCCCAGUGCAUGAGGGGAGUCCGGCUAAUGGAGGGGGUCCUCCAUGCGCCUGAGAACGACUGGGGAAACUUGGUUUAUGUCGUCAAUUACCCCAAAGAUAACAAAAGGAAGAUGGAAGAAAUAGAUGCUGCCUCAGCUGUGAAAAUAAAAAGGGGCUUUCAGAAGACAUCAGAUCUCAUUGUCCUCGGGCUACCGUGGAAAACAACAGAACAAGACCUGAAAGAUUAUUUUACCACCUUUGGGGAGGUCAUCAUGGUGCAGGUCAAGAGGGAUGCAAAGACCGGAAACUCAAAGGGGUUUGGGUUUGUCCGGUUCACAGAGUAUGAGACACAAACCAAAGUGAUUGCUCAGAGACACAUGAUUGAUGGACGAUGGUGUGACUGCAAACUUCCCAACUCAAAGGCGUGUCCUGAUGAGCCCAUGCGGAGCCGUAAAAUCUUUGUUGGCCGCUGCACAGAGGACAUGACAACUGAUGAACUGAGGCAGUACUUCAUGCAGUACGGCGAGGUCACUGAUGUCUUUAUCCCCAAACCUUUCCGGGCGUUUGCAUUUGUCACAUUUGCUGAUGACCAGGUCGCCCAAGCUCUAUGUGGAGAGGACUUGAUCAUCAAGGGCGUCAGCGUGCACAUCUCCAAUGCCGAACCCAAACACAAUAAUAGUAGGCAAAUGAUGGAUCGUGGGCGGUUUGGGGCUGGUGGGUUCAGUCAGGGCUAUGGCAGUAAUCGUGGGGGGCUAGGCAGCGGUAGCGGUGGGGUUAACUUUGGGGCUCUUGGUCUUAACCCAGCAAUGGUGGCUGCUGCCCAGGCAGCGCUGCAGAGCAGUUGGGGAAUGAUGGGCAUGCUGGCUAACCAGCAGGGUCUGACCACGACGGCAGGCACAGCCACUACGACCCGAGACCAGACCUAUAGCUCUGCCAGCACCAGUUACAGCAGCCCCAGCUCAGCUAGCCUCGGUUGGGCUGCAGGCACUAACACCGCCUCCAGCAGUGGCUUCAGCUCCGGCUUUGGCAACUCUAUGGAGUCUAAGUCUUCUAGUUGGGGAAUGUAGAUAGCUUUGAGUUGACCUUUUCUGUUGCAAUUAGGUUAAUCUGGUAAGUAUACCUACAGGGGGGAACUGCUUAUAUCUUAUGUUCCUAUUAUUUAAAAAUAUACACUGCCUUUUAUUUUGUUAAAGAGAAAAUUUAUACUUGCGUGUGACUGAUUAUGUAGUCAUGCAUUGAAUGGGUGAAAAGUUUAAUUUAGUGGAAACUGCCACAGUCCAUCUUUUUUGUUUUUGAGAAAAUGUUACACUGUGCAUGCAAGAUAAAUAUCUAUAAACAUGCACGAGAGCCCCCUCAGCCCCUUGUAAAAAUGGGCUUGAUAUAAUUAUAUAUGUGUAUGCAGUUGUUUUCAUCUUUUUUGUUUGUUUUUGUUUGACGUCUUUUGGAAACGCCUUCAUGAAAAUCUCUUCUGCAGUUCACCAACUCUUUCCCAAUUUCCCGGGAGGAAGCGCCUCAUUGGCAGCAAUGUUCGACAGAUCUCAGUAUCAAUUCCCCUCUUCCCAUGUGUAAAUGCUUUGUCAUCAAAGAACACAGCUUCACUCUGCAUAUACUGUGUUAGACGGUGGGUGUUGUCUUUUUUUCCUCUCCCCUUUUUAUGGAUAUAGAAAUCGUGUCUGCUCUUGUCGCUUUUCGAGAUCAAUGAGUGGGAUUGGUGUUGGACCGAGUGAGAGUGAGCGAACGGGAGAGCAAGAAAGCAAGUGUGAGAAGGACUGUUUGUGCAGAAUUUUUUUUAAAGAGACAAAUGCCUGCGAGAGUUGAGAAGAACCUGUGGCUUUGUGCGAGUGUGAGAGGAAGCAACAAGUACGAGUGUGUUCCUAAUGACCAUCACAAGGACAUUUAUUGCGUCUCGAGAUCCCUAUGGUCUCUGCUUUCUCUCAUUGUUUUCUAUCAACUUUAAUUCUUUAAAAACACAGUGAAAUGUCAAGUGCUAUAAGUAUUUGUAUUCUUUUGUAGCUUUUUCUUGCUGUCUGAUUUGAUGUGAAUGCUGUGUCUGGUUGUGUGCUUUAUUUUCUCCUUGUUAUCACCCUCUCUGUGUGAAAAUGUGACUUUGUGCUGAAGUCUGUAUGGGGGAAAACACUGAAAGUGUGUUGAAGUUUGCAAGUGAGCUCAGAGGUUGAUGUGGUGAAUGUUUGACAAGUUCCCACUGAAAGUUUGUGUUUGAAGUGGUUACGAAUGCAUUUUCUAUGUUUUGUGAAUCAAAGGGAAGUCUGAAAUAAAACUGAAUUUGACUAGGUAUGAUACACUCUUGACAGUGACUUAUUUUUGACUUUACAUUAAUUGAACUGCCAACACUUUAAUUCACAUGUAUAGGGACCUCGGACAUGGACAUCCCAGGUUUUCGUCUGAAUCCAGGUUGGAGUCAGUUACGGAGAAGCUGAAGACAUUGUUGGGUGGGCCGGCACACACCAACAAUGGAAUUGCUGCACGACUGCCUUAAUCCUGAAAAGGAUCUUCACCUCACUAGCAAGAAACCAUGGACCAUUCCAUAAUGAAAUUUAGAGCGGACCAUACUCAAUUGGGCUGAGGUAUUUGUUUAUACCUACAAAUGUCACAAAUAGGACCAAAGUCACACCUGCAGUUUGACAGUGAUCAUACUUAUUCUUUUUCCAAACCUGUAAAACAAAGCCUGCCUUUAACCUGAAAACAUGCAUUUCUGUCAGUAAAUGCUUUAUUCUUUGUCCUCAUAACAGUCACUGAUAACUUAUCCAAGUAUUAACUGGUCGGUUUCUUUUCAAUGUGAUCAAAAAUAAUUUCAAUAAGGCAGUAUGUGUUCUUGUUUUUUUGUUUGCUAUGAUUGUAAAGUGGUUGGAUUGUAUGAGCUGAGUGAUUUUCAAAGGGACUUUAACAACUGAUUGAACAUGCCAGCAGGAAUUCACACUUUCUGUAUUGAAAUAUUUUAGUAUUGCGGUGUAAAAUAAAAGUUUUGAGUUUUUAA